AUGAAAAGGAACUUACAGCCAUUAUUCAAGAAAUUCUUUCAUUUCAAGAAUUCCUUUCAUUUUAUUUUCCUUUUGGCUCAUUCUUGCCAUGAAGGCUCUCUGGAGCAAGCCAUGAUGGAUGCACUCAUCAAUGACCGUGUCGACUUUGUACGCCUUCUUUUGGAGAAUGGGGUCAGCAUGAGAACAUUUCUUACCAUUCCUCGGCUUGAAGAACUUUACAAUACUCGGCAAGGCCCAACAAAUACUUUAAGAUACUUGAUCCGAGAUGUCAAAAAACAUGUCCCAUCAAGUUAUCGUUACACAUUACCAGACAUUGGACUUGUUCUGCAACAUCUUAUGGGAGGUGGUUUUGUCUCUUCCUACCUUAAGAAAAGCUUCCGACAGAAAUACAAUGCUCUCAAAAAAAAUGCCCUGUUGGCAUGCAAGCUGUACAAAGCCAUGGCUCAUGAGGCUGACCAAGAUGACUUGGAAGUGGAUAUUUCUGAUGAACUGCGGAAAUAUGCAGAAGAGUUUCAAAAAUUGGCACUGGAACUGUUGGAGCAUUGUUACAAAGUAGAUGAUGACUACACCCAGCAGUUGUUGACUUAUGAACUGCGAAACUUCAGUGACCAGACAUGCCUCAGCUUAGCUGUUGCAGCCAAUCACAGAGAAUUUGUAGCCCAUACUUGCUGUCAAAUGUUGCUAAAUGACAUGUGGAUGGGAGGUCUGCGUAUGAGAAAAAACACAGCUCUUAAGAUUUCAUACAUGACAUUCCUGGCUUGUUUCACUUAUGUUGUACUACUAAAGACUCUGCAUAUACCUCGAUGGCAAGAGUAUUAUGUUAUUGCUUACAUUGGUACACUUGCUCUGGAGAAAAUGCGAAUGGUGAUUGCUGCUGAGCCUGCCCAACUCUUGAUGAAGUUACGUGUAUACAUGGCUAACAUCUGGAACAUUUGGGACACCUGCGCAAUUCUUUUCUUCUUUCUUGGUGUCGGCUUGAGGUUCAACGCGAGCACCUUGCAGGCAUCACGCAUCAUAUACAUCGUGGAUGUUGUACUCUGUUUUGGAAUCGUCCGUCAAGCUAUUCACUUUCAACAUGAAAAUCCUUCCUGGCUCAUUGCACGCAACGUUGUCUUCUAUCCCUACUGGAUGAUCUACGGGGAGCUGUUUGCAGAGGAAAUUGACCCCUGCAUGAACCCCAACAGCGAAUGUUCCUAUGGUGCGUGGGUGGCUCCUGCACUGAUGUGCAUCUACCUGCUGAUUGCUAACAUUCUACUUGUCAACCUUUUAAUUGCAAGAUUCAAUGCAACAUUCAUUCGAAACAACGCCAACUCUCGUGAAAUUUGGAAGUUUCAACGCUACCAGCUGAUCAUUGUUUAUGAAUUACGGCCUCUGUUGCCCCCACCCCUCAUCAUACUCAGCCACGUCUUCCUCACCUUGAAGUUCAUUAAACGCAGAUGUCAAGGCAAGAGGGAUUAUUUUGAUAAUGGACUCAAAUUGUUUCUCUCCAGUGAAGAUACAGAGAAGCUACAUGACUUUGAGGAAGAGAACGUUGAAGAUUAUUUCAGAGAGAAAGAGCAAAAGUUCCAAUCAAGUACAGAUGAGCGAAUACGUUUGAUAUGUGACAGAGUGGAGAAUAUGACAAUGCGUAUGGAUGAUAUGUAUGUAAAAGAAAAUGCAAUCAGAAUUUCUCAUCAGGCCAUAGACUUUCGAUUGUCCAAAUUGGAAGAAGUUGCUACUCAGAUGGGUGACUCAUUGUCCCUCAUUGAAAAUGUUCUGGCUAAUAACCCAAAUGCUGUUUUCUCUGACCCUGAACCCCCAAUGGACUACACUAGUGAAGAAUCCCUUCACCAUACUGAUGGAAGCAGCCAGGCUAAAUCAGCCACCAGCAGUCAACAUCGAGAGCAUCCCUUGAUUAGCCAGAGUUCAAUGUCAAACCCAGCAAAAAGGUCUAGCGUCCAAGAUCGUAUGCGCAGGUUUACGGAGUACUCCCGCCCGUCGUUAUCGAAUCGCAGAAGUCCGUCGUUUGGCCUGAAACGAUCAUGGAGUCUUCGCAGUCGCAGUCCCAAGUUUUCUUGCACCAGUCCACUGCAACUUAAACGGCAUUCAUUGUUUCAGUUUUAUGAAGCAUUGCAACGGAGCUCACCUCGACCUGGAACUGAACCUCCUACUGCAGCCUCAGUGGCAGGCGAAGUGGAGGAAGAAGAAAUGAGCAAGGAGAACCGGAGUGUUUCUGGUUUACGCAAACUACAGCAACGACGCAAUGGUAACUCCAAUUUGCAUGUCGAUAUUACAAAACCGGAUGACGUCCAGGAUGUCUUUAAUUCUGCUGAAUCUUCGUCGGACACAUCAAAUUCUUCAACCAUAUCAUCUAAUCGUCCUCCCGUCAAAUUUUCUAUCGAACCCUUGCCAGAGAAGGGUGUCUACAGUACUGCAAGCAUUGAAUCGGACACACGCACGGCGACAUUGGUUCCAGGAAAAACCAUGACAUUGGACCUUUUGAAACCUAAAGAUUCUCAAUUCAGCCUUGUGUCUGAGGCUAGUACAUCUGGGGUUGUUGGUCACACUCCAGUUUCGCCACUAGAUACACCUAACUCUCCCAGCCACAACCUCCAUUUUGGUUCGUCUUUAUAUGUAGCUGACAAGUCUCACUCGGGGAGUCCUGCCAGCCAGAUGGCAUCUCUUUUCACUUCGUUGAAUCCAGAAUAUACAACCAUCACAGACGAAAUUGACACGUCGUGUCUGAUGGAGAGUCCUAGCCCAUCAACAGCUGCUAUAUAUUUUGACCCUGAGGAGAAAUACACUUUGAACUCUGAAGAGAAGGCCUUAAAGCAAGCUGAGGAGAUUGAACACAGACGCAUGGAAAGAGUGAUUCGUAACAGACUUCGGCAAAUCUCCUUGGAUGAUUCCGACAGUAUCAGUGAUAUUGCCAAGAUGGUUGUUUCAGACAUGGACGUGAGUCAGGAUAAACAUGCCGUUGUGGACACAGAUGAUGUUGAUGAUGAUGACAUUAUUGUUAUCAAUAGGGCUGGCUCAACAAAUCAGCCAAGUACUUCCACGGAUCCUUCAUCAUCCACCGAGAGAUCCAUGCGGAAUAUUGAAAUCAAAGUGAUUCGAGCCUCCAUUGACAAGGGGACAAGUCAUGAAAGCGAUCCCCAAUGUUGA